GUCAUGUCUCACUUGAUGUGUCGUGAUGAGGUCUCCCUUUUAGGACAUGGCAAGCGAGCGCAACGUCAUCGCAAAGGACAAGAGGAUACGUACGUCGACCGCUUGCUGUAGAUUGCAACUACUGUGUACACUGUAGUGCUCCCGGGCCAUCCAUUCGUCUGGACAUCUGCGUGUUCGGAGACCCUCGGCUGAUGGUUCUCGUCUCUUUUUGCGGUCUGCUGAAUCAAAUCACACACAGAGUAUACGCUCUAGAACGAAAUCUUAAACUGCCGGUCGCUGGCGUGGACCUGCAUGCCAACCUCCCCCGCCGGCCAAUGCUGACAGCGUCAAUGAAGCCGACGAACAAAGUCAGCCGGGGGAGUUGCAUUGACUGGAUACGUCACACCCUUGGUCGGCUACAACGCGCACAUGUGGGCAAACCAGAUACAACCCUAGUCUGCAAAUGUUCCUGUUACUGUCGAGCGCGCGAGUCGCGUUUGGAUGCCAUGCUAGGCUUCUGGCCGCUUGUGUCGUGGGUACAUAAAAGCUUUGUUGGCCUUUUGCAUGGCUGCAAGCAGCCUGCAAGCCCGGGCCACCGAUGGAUGGCGGGCAGAGUGCUAUGCGAGGUAUUUGCGGUACGAUACAAGUACAAUGUGGUUGCAGUAGAAGGGGGUUGGCGGUCAGCUCUGCGAUGAGAGGACGACCACGGCCCUGCGACACGAGUGGGAGCAUCCUCUCAAGGGCUCACGCCGAGUGAGACUGAAUUCAUUUCCGUGCACGCAGGCCGUACGCAGUGAAAGUUACUUGCGUCGCGACGGGUGCGUGCUCCGUGGCUGAACUUUAUCAGUUCUCGAAUCGGAGGUCAGCGCGUUUCGGUUCUUGGAAGC